CGAUCCAUAACAAACUUUACACACCAUUUCAAAUUUAUAAUCAUGUCUGAAAAACUCUCCAACACUUAUCAAUCUGCCGUUGGUUCCGCCAAGCAGUCUGUCGGCGAUGCUACUGGAAAGCACAAUCUUGCUAGCUCAGGUGCCGCUGAAAAGGCAGAAGCUCAAAGCAAGCAGCAGGCAGCCGAUGCCGAAAGCUGCGCUCAUGGUACCGCCAACAACAUCAAGGGAGGUGCCCAGAAACUUGCUGGCAGUGUUGCGGGCGAUGAAUGGCUCCGUACAAAGGGACAUGGCAACGCAGCCAAGGGAGAUGCUCAGCGCAAUCUCUAAAUGGAUUAUAUGCUUCAUCUGAGCAAACAUUUGUUAAUAACGGCAUGCACAUGUUAUUGCAAGCUUUGUAAAUAUUUUUUGUAAAAAAAAAUAAAGCCG